AUGAAGCAGAAGAAAGUAAAUAAAGUUGACAAUGAAAGACUAAACAAAUUAUAAACAAAAGAAUAAAGUAUAAACUUAUAAUGGGUGCUAAAAUAACCUAAUAUAUUAGAACUUUAAUCAACAUUAUAAUUGAUGUCUUUUAUCGAAUUACACAUUGAAAUAGAAAACUAUGAUUUUUAAGGAGUUUGUCACAUUAUGUAUAACAAUUGUAUAUAAUUGAAAUUCCUAUAAAUUGCAAAUGGUUUAUUAAUUUAUGAGGAAACUAAUUGUAUUGUUUUGAGUGACUGUGUCAUUUAAAAGAAGAAAUUUCAUAGUAAUAAUUAUUAACUAUUUCUGAUUGUUUUACAAAAUCAUGAAGGAAAACUAAUAUUAAUAUAUUCACAUCCUAUGUCUUAAAAAGAAUGGUUUAAGAUUUUAAAAUUUUAGGGCAAAUAAAUUGAUUUUCUCAAAAAGUAUAGAAUACAAGAAAAUAUAUGUUUAAAUUUUUAUUAAAUAUAUCAUAAAAAAAAGAAAAGGAAAUUCGCAGCAUAAAUUAUAAACCGUAAAAAUUUCAAAUUCUAUGAUUAGUAAGAAAUCCUUAAUAAUUAUAUUAAAAUCUUAAGAAAUAAUAAUAUACAAAAUGUUUUUCCUAUAAUGAGUAUAUUUGAUGAUAAUGAUGUACUUUAUUUAGUUACUGAUUAAUUCAUUGGUAACACUUUUGAAUAGUUAUUAUCUAAUAAAAAAAAAAUGUUAACUUAAACUGAUUUGGCCUUUAUAACUUAUUCAAUUCUUUAAAAUCUGAAAAGUUUGCAAGAUGAAGACCUAUUUCAUGGAAAUAUAACUCUAGAUAACAUAAUUAUAGUGAAUUAAUAAGGAUAAAUGGGAACCUAUAUUAUCAAUCCAAUAUAUAAAGUACGGUUUUAUGCUAAAUCUAGCUUUAUAAUAAUAAAUCUAUUGAUUACUAUAUUAACAAUGUUCCUGGAUAUCUUAUUGCACCUGAGAUAAAUGAAAAUUAAACACCUUCAAUAAAUAGCGAUAUUUAUUAAUUAGGAAUCAUUUUAAUGAUAGUGAGCUUUUAUGGAAUUUCUUAAAACUUUAAUAAUUAAUUUAUUAAAUGGGUAUUAAAUAAUAUGGAAACUUUUAUAUCUUAACAAGAAAUAAAGUUUUAGAAAUGUUUAGAUUCAGAUUUUCCAUAUCUUUUUAGUGCUUGCUAACUAGAUUUAAUAAAAAAGAUGAUAGAUAAAGACCAAAAGAAAAGAAUAUAGGUUUAAGAUGCUUUAAAACAUGCAUGGUUUAUAAAUACCAAAGAUAAAAUUAAAAUGCAUAAAUAACAUUAUAAUAAAAACUUACCAAGUCUUAAAACUAUAAUUGAAAUGGUUGAAUAAAGUGAAUAUGACAUUAAAAGAAAAUCGCUUUAGACAACUGGUUUUAAUUUUAUCAAUUAAAUGGCAUCUUUAUAAAAAUAUGAAUUAAGUUCUUUUGCCCAAUAAUAACCAGCCUCUAGCCCUCAUCGAAAGACAUCAGAAAGCUUGAAUGAAUUAAUAGAUGAAGAACAUUAAAUUAGUAAUUUAAUAUAUUAGCUGAAUAAUAAAUAAUUUCUGAUGUUGCCUUCCUAAAAUAAUCAUUUUAAUUAAACUAAGAAUUAAUCAAAGCUCAUUGAAACUGAGAAUAAUUUAGACUAAUUUCAAGAAUGA